AUGGGCGAAUGGCGAACCUCGCUGAUUCUGAAAACUGGGGCUACUAUAAUUAAAACAGCUGACAUCGCAAUCAGACGGGGUCUAUUUCAAGGGGACUCACUUAGCCCCUUAUGGUUUUGCCUAGCAUUAAAUCCUCUCAGCACGCUCAUCAAUGAACAGAAAUAUGGAUACAUCCUAGACAAAAACAGAAAGAUCAAAAUAACCCAUCAACUAUAUAUUGAUGAUCUCAAAUUAUAUGCGUCCAAUGAAGAACAACUUGAAAAAAUGUUAGAGAUCGUGGCAACAUUUAGUGAGACCAUAAGAAUGGAGAUGGGGCUAGACAAGUGCGCAAGGCUAAAGGUCAAAAGGGGAAAAAUAUCUGAAAAUGAUUCCAACAUCUUCAAUCCAAAUGCCAUUCAGAACCUCGGCAUGGAUGAAACCUAUAAGUAUCUAGGUAUACAGCAAGCUCUAGAAAUUAAAAACGCUGAAAUGAAGGAAGCCUUUAGUAAGAAACUAUUUCAUCGGGUGAACCAAGUGCUCAAGUCCAAACUGAAUUCGAAAUCAUUGUUUCUAGCCUUGAACACAUGGGCAUUGCCUAUAAUGACGUACACCUUCGGGGUACUUACAUGGUCGACUACAGAACUGCAGGCUUUGGACACGAAGAUCCGCACCAUUUUGACGAAAUACGGAGUACAUCACCCUCACUCAUCCGUGGCAAGACUCUAUCUCCAAAGACAUCUAGGGGGAAGAGGGAUGCUUAACCUAGAAACAUCACAUAACAAAUCCGUAAUAAAACUAAGGGAAUACUUCAUGAAGCAGAACUUAUCCUUUGUCAGAGCCCUUCGUUCGUUAGAUGUAGGAUGCUCCCCAUUACGGCUAUCGGAUUCCGACUUCGCGCUGCCGAUUCGCACUCAGCAAAACCUGCAGGAGGAAUGGAAAGCUAAGGUAUUACAUGGUAGAUACCCUAAUAAUUUAGACAACAGCAAUGUGAAAAAAAAAGAAUCCUUAACUUACCUUAAGGCGGGCUACCUGUUUCCUGAAACUGAGGGCAGGCUGCUUGCAAUACAGGAUCAGGUGAUUCCCACCAGGUCUUACCUCAAAAACAUAGCGGGGCAACAACUUACCUCUGAUCUAUGUAGAAAAUGCAAGCUGGGACGUGAACACAUCCAACAUGUUACGUCUGGUUGCUCCAUCCUCGCUCCGAGAGAAUACACGGAUAGACACAACCAAAUGGCAAAAGUUUACCAUCAGGCCAUGGCACUGAAAUUAAAACUAAUCAAAACUAAGAGAAAAAAUCAUCUAUACUCACCUGAGAAUGUCCUCGAGAACGAAGAAUUUAAAUUAUAUUGGGACACCACGAUGGUGACGGACAGGCCAGUGGCAAAUAAUCGACCGGAUAUCGUCUUACUGAACAAAACUGAAAAAAGCUGUGAGAUCAUCGAUAUUACGGUACCUUCAGACGACAAUAUUUCAAGGGCAUACACUGAAAAAAUUACAAAAUACUUCGAUCUGUCGUUCGAACUAAAGGAAAUGUAUAAGCUCAAGAAAAUAUCUAUUAUCCCACUGGUGAUGUCGGUCAACGGACUCGUAGAGGAACAUCUUGUUGAUAACACAAAGAUGUUGGAACUUGACAUCUAUGUUGUUUCGAGUGCCCAGAAAGAAGUCAUACUGGGCACUACACGUAUCGUAAGGCGCUUCUUUCAUAGCUCUUGA